CUCUCCAUGGCGGCAGGAACCAUGACCCAAUCGACCCUGCUCUUCUGUAUUUUGCGAUCUGUUGCUUCACUGGUUGCCAGUGCGUCCUGGGUAUGAUGCAGAGGUCGGACAUCCGCAACAAGUAUGGCAUCCAGGAUUCGGGGUGCGGAGACUGCUGCGUUCACUGCUG